CGGGAUGUAAGGACUUUAAGAACUUUUUCGAACGAAGUGAACAGCUAACGGCUCGGUUUAGCAGCCGUCAUGACGGAGGGACUCGAGCGGCUGAAUAGGAAGCGGGCGACUAUUCGCGCCGCUACGACGAGGCUGUUAACCCGCCUAGAGGACGAGGUGGGGAAGGAAAGACCAGAUACUGACAAACUACGCGAGUUUGUGGCAGUUUUAUCAUCGAAGGAGGACAGUUUAUUGGACUUGGACAAGGGCAUAGAAGAUGUGACGCCCACGGACGAUCUGGACACGGAGAUUUCAAGCACACUGGAUUACAUGGACCGCGUUCUCACUUGGAAGGUUCGCGCCACCACCGCCAUCGGGCAUCAGGAAACCAUCAGAGACACCCCGAGAGUGCGCGUGAGCGAUGGGAGCAGCGGUUCAUUUACAUCACAGUCCAGACAAACUGUUAAACUUCCUAAGCUAAUGAUAACAAAGUACGAUGGUGAAAUAAGCCAGUGGCAGGAAUUCUGGUCACAAUAUGAAACAGCUAUUCACAGAAAUGAGGUACUAUGCAAGACAGACAAGUUUACUUACCUCAGAUCCUACCUGACUGGAGCAGCUGCUAGAACUAUUGCAGGGCUUACAAUGACAGAUGCCAACUACGAUGCUGCAAUAGAGUUACUCCAGAGCCGCUUUGGGAGAAAGGACAUUGUGAUAAGUGCCCAUAUGUCCAAAUUACUGAACUUAAACCCUGUUAAAAGAUCUUCCGAUGUUACAGCUUUGAGGCACUUGUAUGAUGAAUGUGAGAUCCAGAUACGCAGUUUGGAGUCACUUGGAGUCCAGAGUGACACGUACGGCUGCCUGCUUUGUCCAGUGCUACUGCAGCUCAUUCCGGAGGACAUCGCACUCGCCUACACCCGCCAACCAAACGCGACCAACAAAUGGAAGGUGCCAGAGUUGAUUCAGUUUCUACAAAAUGAGGUGCAAAGCAGAGAACGAGCGCUUCAGCUUACAAGACCAGGCCAUGCAUCGAAGGAUCCGAGCCCACAACACAAGAAUGUGGGUAAGCCAUCCUACGCCUGCGAUAAACCCAGAAAGUGGAGUGUCCCGUCAGCGACCGCCUUGCACACCGCCAGUGCCGUGCCCCGGACCUGUGUGUAUUGUGACAGUAGCGACCACAAACCAGAGAACUGUUCCGACCAUACAAUUUCCCUCGCAGAAAAGGAUAAAGAUGCUGUUAGGUUCCUGUGGAUGCAUGGACCUCCGACCAAAGACUGCAAGAAUGAGGUAUGUGUCCUGAGAAUGAACAGAGUGGUUUUCGGAGUGUCUCCCAGCCCAUUCCUGCUUGCUGCCACCAUCAGAAAACACCUCAAACUAUUUGACACAGAACAACCAAAGGCAGCACAGAUCCUCAGUGACUCUCUGUAUGUAGAUGACUUUAUUUCAAGCUCACCUACUGUGCAGGAAGCUCUACAUGUGACAACAACAGCAAAAGACAUUCUCGCUCAGGCAGGCAUGGACCUCUGCAAAUGGGUUACCAACUCACCUGACCUGAGAGCCAUGUGGAAGGAGACUGGAGGUGCCGGGGCUUGCGGUACGGGGCUGUUUGUGUCCGCCGUGGGGCCGGUACGGGUCCUUCCGUCUGCUGUUGGCUCCAUCCCCGGGGCGCCGUCGCUGGUCCCUGAGCCUCUGCCCUCCUGCCGGGCCGCCGAGGGCAGCCCCAUGGCUGCUUAUUGCGCCUCCCUGGUUAGCAGCGGGAGCAGCCUGACUGACCACUCCCCUGCUGGCCACCCGCUCGCCUCCGCCGUUGCCUCGAAGGCUUCCAAGAAUGCCUGGGCAUCAUCCUGCGCCGUCAUCCGGUGGAGGGUCAGGCUGGCCAUGGCCUUCGGGGGCCUGGGCCUGCCUCCCUACCUGGGCCUGGAGUGCCCCCAGGAAUUGCCGGUUGGCCUCCGCCUGGUCCCGCUGAAUCGCCGCCAGUUCCCCUAUCAUCUGGCCCAGUAG